GAAACAUCCAUAGUUUCCAACGACUUUCAUUGGAAAUGUUAUUAAUUGCUCUCCGAAUUAAAUUACGCGCAGCUUUUUCUUUAACUGCAUACUUAUGUUCGCGGUUCGCGCGUCGCACAAUGCCGAGUGUCAGAUAAAAUAUAGCGAUAAGUAUCAUGUGUACGAUGAUUUUCUCUUCUCCAUUAACGAGAAGGAUCAUUAUUAUUAGAUCCACUUUGGAAUCAAAACUGUAAAAGAAACCGAAUGACGAUGCAAUGAGAGGGGGAUAUACUAUAUGUAUUUAGGUAUAUUUAUUAUUCCUUGGAAAUGACAUUGCCAUCGAUGCAGAGAAGCUUGUUGGGCUUAACAGUGCUGACGAUCGUCGGCCUAACGACUUUCCUGCUGAGCAAGAAACUCACACUGGAGACGCGCAAGCGAGAUGGCCUGCUCCUCGACAUGAUCGCUAACAUUAGCGGUCACUUGGAUCGACUUGACAGCAGCUUCGAUGACAUCGCCGCGCAGACGGGAAUUGCGCGGAAUCGCUUGUUACGACUGGUUGCGCUUCAUCGAGAAAAUCUCUUGGCAUGUGCGUUACUCGGCGAGAAAUGGAGACAAAAGCAAAUGCUCAGUAUCGGAAAACCGAUCACGAUGGCGAAGAGGAGAAAACGACGCCGACGGUUCAUCGUAUUGCACUAUCAUCGAUAAUCAAUAUUCGAAAGGUUUUUAUCAGACGUGUAAGAAAAUACAGCAGCUAGAUAUAAUUAGAUCAACAUGUACAUAUAUAUCGCCAAAUUACCUAUGUUAUUAUAUUUAAUCUACUCAAUGUUUAGGAAUGUUUUUUCUUUCUGUACUGAUACUUUGUCAAUUUUGCGAGUCUCAUUAUACAUUUUUAUUUUUCUCGAGAUAUCAAGAAAUAUGUGUACGUUUCAAUGUAAACGUUUCAAUGUUUUUUUUAUAUAAUUCAAGACACGCGCUUUUCAACUAUUAAUAU